UUUUUCGUGUUAUCUUUCAUCCACGUUAAUCGCCGGCAACUUCUUCAUGGGUCGUUCUCGCCAAUCGCCAACACGAACCCAUUUUUUUCUCCCGAAAUCCCUAAAACCGCGGUAAUUUUCGUUUUGGAUUUUCGUUUCUUUUAAUCUUUAUAAUAGUUGCCAUUCGGUCCGAUUCGUACGAUGCGGGAUGGUUAGGGUUGUACAUUUAAGGGGAGAACUGGAAAUUUUCUCGAGAAAAUUAGGAGAUUUUCCCAGAAAGUGGGAAAGGGAAGGGAUAAUGAUCGCCGAAGGAAUUGGAAGGAAGGGAAGAAGGCCAGCGAGGGAUGAUUUUAGAAAAAGGAAAAAUGAAGAUCAUUGUACAGGAAUUUCCUGCUGGACAAAACACCCCAAAUUUGUCCAUUGUUUGUUCCUCUGCCCCAAAUUUGUAAUUCCUUUGUUUUAUUUAACAUCCCCAACUGUAUGAUGAAAUGCCAAAUCGAGAGAGAAACCAUUCUGAAUUGAAGAACAUUCCCACCAUGUUCUUCCUCCGACCCGCCUCCCUUAUCUCCCUUCUUCUUCUCUCUCUUUCCCUCUUCUCCCAUUCUUCCAUCACCGCCAUUCCCAUCUCCGAGAACUCUGGUGGGGUAGAGGUUUUUAAGGUCUCGGAGCCAUGGAGGAGUCGGAGAAGCCUUGCGGAACAGAACCCUGCUGCGAACUCGUCUCUGAUUUUGGCGAGGGAAAGAACUAACAGGACAGACCCCCUUGCAAAUUUUAAACCAUAUACGGGUGGAUGGAAUAUCGGCAACAAACAUUAUUGGGCUUCUGUUGGUCUUACUGCUGCUCCCUUAUUUGCCACUGCUAUUGCCUGGUUCAUGCUCUUUGCGAUAUGCUUGUUGAUCAUCUGUCUUUGUCGUUGCUGUUGUCCGAGGGAGCCUUAUGGCUAUUCUCGAACAGCCUAUGCCUUCUCCCUUGCGUUCCUCGUAUUCUUGACCAUCCCAGUAACGUAA